UAUGGUUUAUGGGGACAAAACUGGCCACUCUGUCAGACGUAUCGCGUUAUUUUAAACUUGGAUAUGGAGUUAAUUUGUUUUAAUUUGAAGUAGCGCGGACUAUUAUCUGUAAAAUGAGAUCAAUGAGUGUAUCCAUUAUAAAGUUUAGUAGUAUUUGAUAUAAAGAUUAUAGCACUCUGGACAGUUGGACGUUAGGCUGUUCCGCAGCUUUACCGCCAACGAUCGCUGGGACAUCGAGGCGGAGCUGAUCCCGGGGAUGUUGUUUUCCUCUGCGCGGAGAGACGGGUCGGCGGUUCGGUGAGGGUCUAGUCCACGGAGGAGUACGCGCGCGGAUCGUCCUAGGGCAAACCGCACCGGUCUCGCGCAGCGGCUGACGAGAAAGCCCCCUCGCGCGUGGCAACACCUUUCUUUCCCGCUUCCUUCCGCGGAGUUCGCGGGCUUCACCUCUCUGGAUUGUGGACUUGUAGGAAGGGGGGUAUUGAACAGGGACCGUCUUCUACCUGCUAUGCGCCUGGUGUGGAGAAUAACUCGUGGAUCCAUACUCUGCACCUGAAAUUUUCCUUUUUCAGUUGAUUCCUUUUUUCUCUUUUUUCUCUUUUUUUUUUUUUACAUGUGCGUAAUGUACCUGGAAUGAAGACAGAGGAUGGAUAUACUUUGGGAAAUAUUCAUCAUUCUCCAGGCAAACGUUCUUGUCCGCAUAUCAGCCCAGCCCCACCUGCCCAAGAUCAAUGAAGGAUGGUGGGCAUACAAGGAGGUGGUGCACGGAAGCUUUGUUCCGGUGCCGUCGUUCUGGGGCCUGGUGAACUCGGCGUGGAACCUGUGCUCUGUGGGCAAGAGGCAGUCACCGGUCAACAUAGAGACCAGUCACAUGAUCUUUGACCCCUUCCUCACGCCCAUCAAGCUGAACACGGGGGGACGCAAGAUUGCUGAAACAUCCAACUCGUUCCUGAAUCGAAUGUUGAACAGAGACACCAUCACAAGAAUAACGUAUAAAAAUGACGCCUACUUACUGACGGGUCUGAACAUCGAGGAGAUCUACCCUGAGACCAACAGCUUCAUCACCUACGACGGCUCCAUGACCAUCCCCCCCUGCUACGAGACCGCCACGUGGAUCCUGAUGAACAAGCCCGUGUACAUCACUCGGAUGCAGAUGCACUCCCUGCGUCUGCUGAGCCAGAACCAGCCGCCUCAGAUCUUCCUGAGCAUGAGCGACAACGUGCGCCCGGUGCAGCCGCUCAACCACCGCUGCAUGCGCACCAACAUCAACUUCAGCAUGCAGGGCAAGGACUGCCCCAACAACAGGGCCCAGAAGCUCCAGUACCGAGUGAACGAGUGGCUGCUGAAGUAGGGGCCCCGCCCUCCCAGACGACUCCCCCACCCUCCCACCAACACCCCAC